AGGCCAGGUUUAUCGUCUCAGUGCAAGUUAUAUGCUGUAUAUAACUGUAUAUGUGUCCUUAUACUAACUGUACUGUUCCUUAUAUGCAUUGAUGACCAUCACAUUCUGAUUCCUUAUGACAUCACCGGGUAGUUCUGAUGACAUCACUAAAUGACAUUGCUGUGUUAAUUCUGUUGCCUUGUGAAUGGCAUCACUGACCGGUUGGUGAGCGCGCGAGCGGCGCCCUGUUUUCCGUCCCGACAACCUCCUGCUCUCCGAGAGAUAAGUGCCGAUGCGAUUCUUCAAACUCACCUUCAAGUGUUUCGUGGACUGUUUUUGAAGGUGUUUUUUUUUCUGUUUCAUUUUCGGUUAUUACUGCGGACGAUUUUUUUUUUUUUUUUUGACUGAAAAAUAUAUAGCUAUAUAUAUAUUUUUAAAAAACGACAAAAAUAUACCUAUAUAUAAUAAAUAAUAACAAUCUUGACUUGAUAAAUAUUUUUAAAAAUGACCCUUUAUUAAAAGAACAGUCAGAGGACCAGAUCCUGUUAUCCCUUUAAGAGGUUUGAACAGAGAACAGAAGAAUAUCUUGGUGUCAAUAAAGGGCUCAGUGAGUGUGAGAACUUGUGUGUUUUGGAUGGAGAAGAGCAAAAAGAGUGCACUUGGCACAAACUGCAGCGUGUUGGAUAUGGGGAUGGAAUGCUGUGUGCUGGCAAACCCAGAGGAGAAGAAAGGCCACCUCAUUCCCAUCGGGAAACCCCAGGUCAUACCCGGCUCUGUGAUCGUCGCAAAUGGCGACAAGAAGCCUGUUCAGGAGAGAGAGACAUGGUCCCGGCAGAUGGACUUCAUCAUGUCCUGCGUGGGCUUUGCCGUAGGUCUGGGGAAUGUGUGGCGCUUCCCUUACCUUUGCUACAAAAAUGGUGGAGGAGUCUUUCUCAUUCCCUACAUUUUGUUUGCACUCCUUGGUGGAAUUCCUAUCUUCUGUCUGGAAAUUGCUCUGGGACAGUUCAUGAAGGCUGGAAGCAUCGCUGUGUGGAACAUCGCUCCACUCUUUAAAGGACUCGGCUAUGCUUCCAUGGUUAUAGUGUUCUUCUGCAAUACCUACUACAUCAUGGUCCUGGCAUGGGGUUUCUAUUACUUAAUCAAAUCCUUCACCUCCACACUGCCGUGGUCCACCUGCACAAACUAUUGGAACACUGAGAACUGCAUCGAGUCCUUCCACCAGGACGCCUGUAAGAACGGCUCCAUCGGCAACUUCACCUCCAUGAAGAAGACCUGCGAUGAGUUAGUGAACGCCACCUCUCCUAUCAUCGAGUUCUGGGAGAAUAAGGUGCUGCAUAUCUCAGAGGGCUUGGACACUCCGGGUCAGAUCAACUGGGAGGUGACGCUGUGUCUGAUGGCUGUGUGGGUGAUGGUAUACUUCAGCGUCUGGAAGGGAGUAAAGUCUACAGGAAAGAUUGUCUAUUUUACUGCCAUGUUCCCUUAUGUUGUCUUGGUCAUUCUCCUGGUAAGAGGUGUGACCCUACCUGGGGCCUACAAUGGUAUCAUAUACUAUCUACAACCGGACUGGUCAAAACUUCAACAGGCACAGGUCUGGAUUGAUGCCGGCACUCAAGUAUUUUUUUCUUAUGCCAUCGGACUUGGAGCCCUGACUGCUCUUGGCAGUUAUAACCGAUUCAACAACAACUGUUACAGGGAUACGUUUCUGUUGUCACUGGUAAACAGCGGCACCAGUUUCUUUGCUGGCUUUGUGGUUUUCUCCAUUCUGGGCUUCAUGGCUACUGAGCAGGGUGUGGACAUCUCAAAAGUGGCAGAGUCAGGGCCAGGCCUGGCAUUCAUCGCCUACCCUAAAGCCGUGUCCAUGAUGCCUGUGGCACCGGUCUGGGCCGCACUCUUCUUCAUCAUGCUGCUGCUGCUGGGACUGGACAGUCAGUUUGUUGGUGUAGAAGGCUUUGUAACUGGCAUUAUGGAUCUGCUCCCUUCAAAGUUUUACAAGCGAGAACUCACUGUGGCGAUCUCCUGCAUGUUGUGCUUUGUUAUAGAUCUCUCCAUGGUUACAGAGGGAGGGAUGUAUGUCUUCCAGCUUUUUGACUAUUAUUCAGCCAGUGGAAUGACACUGUUGUGGCAGGCAUUCUGGGAAUGUGCGGUUGUCGCCUGGGUUUACGGUGCUGAUAAGUUUAUGGAUGACAUUGCCCGUAUGAUCGGUUACCGGCCUUUCCCUUGGAUGAAGUGGUGCUGGUCUUUUCUUACUCCAUGUGUUUGCAUGGGAAUAUUUGUGUUCCAACUGGUGAACUACAAGCCUCUAACCUACAACAAUGUGUACGUGUACCCGUGGUGGGGGGAGAUGAUCGGAUGGUUCAUGGCUCUCUCCUCCAUGCUCUGCAUCCCCAUCAGCGUCAUCUACAAACUCAUUACAGCCAAAGGAUCUUUCAAAGAUCGCUGGGAGAAUCUGACCAAACCGGUGUGGGGAGCGCAUCAUCUGGAGUACAUGGCACCUGAAGCGGACAGCAGAAGCACGUCCUCAAUGUCCCCGGGCACUGCAGACAACAAGGUCAUCAUCUUUGAGAGCAGCAUGUAACCGUCAAGAGCGGGGAUCCACCCUGGAUCCGAAGGCAAGCCGCUAUUAAAGCUGCCUUGAUUCAAAUUCCAAUUGUUUUACACUAACCCAAAUAAAAAGUUGUUCUACUAUAAAAAAAAAUGUUUAAAAAAAUAAAAUAAAAAAAUAAAAAUAAAUAAAAAUAAGAA